AUGGAACAGUUGGCCUUUGCUUUAAUUGUGUCCGCCAGGAAACUGAGACCAUACUUUCAAGCGCAUACGAUAGUGGUCCUAACAGAUCAACCCCUUCGACAGGUCCUACAUAAGCCACAAAGCUCUGGUCGACUAAUGAAGUGGUCAGUAGAGUUAGGGGAGUUCGACAUUCAGUAUAAGCCAAGAACAGCAGUAAAGGCUCAGGUGUUGGCUGAUUUCUUAGCUGAGUUUACCCCUCCAGAAGAGGAGAAACAACCCCAAUUUUUGACAGAACCAAGUUUAAGUGAGCAGAUGGGCCCAGAAGUAGUCUGGGACUUGUUCGUGGAUGGGUCAUCUACUGCUCAGGCUAGCGGAGCCGGGCUUGUUCUUGUCUCCCCAGAGGGAGAAAAUAUACAGUACGCACUUCGGUUUGGUUUCAAAGCAACCAACAACGAAGCAGAGUACGAAGCCUUGCUAGCAGGAUUAAAAGUGGCAAAUGCCCUAGGGGUUGAGCAAUUAAAGGUGUACACCGACUCCCAGCUGGUCGCUCGACAAGUUCAAGCGGAAUAUGAGGCACGAGACGAGAAGAUGAAGAGUUAUCUACAAAAGGUGAAGGAAUUAAAGAAUCACUUCCAAAGAUUCUCAAUUCAUCAAAUACCACGAGAAGAGAAUGGGAAAGCAGACGCUUUAGCCCGGCUAGCUACUGCAUUAGAACCUGAGAUCAAUAAGAAUAUACCACUGGAAUAUUUGGAUGAACCAUCUAUAUCUCAGGAGAGACAAAUUGAAGUGCAACAAGCGAUAUUGAGUGUGGAAUGGGCAGAUCCUAUCAUCAGAUAUAUCAAGGAUGGGGUGCUACCAACAGACCGAGCAGAAGCUCGAAAGGUCAAGAUACGGGCAGCUAGGUAUACGUUUAUCAAAGGGGUGCUCUACAAGAGAAGCUUCUCCAUGCCGUAUUUACGAUGCAUUUCUAGCGAGGAAGCUGACUACAUUUUGAGGGAGAUCCACCUAGGAGUUUGUGGAAACCAUGCUGGGGGUAGGUCACUUGCAAACAAGGCCAUCCGACAAGGAUACUAUUGGCCCACCAUGCAGAAAGAUGCACUUGACUUCGUUAAAAAGUGCGACAAGUGUCAACGAUUUGCCAACAUCCCGAGACAACCGUCAGAGGAGAUGACUCCCAUGUCAGGACCAUGGCCAUUUGCUCAAUGGGGAAUGGACUUGAUUGGCCCUCUCGUCAAAGGCAAAGGGCAGACUAAGUAUGCCAUUGUUAUGGUUGAUUACUUCACUAAAUGGGUAGAAGCUAAGCCUCUGGCCAAGAUCACAUAG